AUGAGGUCUCCCAACUCAUAUUGCAUGUCUGCCGAGGAGGGUGAAGGCGAGGCCAGUCCCUCAAGCGACUUUUCCAAAGUAGAUGUGGGAAAAGCCAUUCUGCCAUACAGUUCAAUGUACAUAUUUUCUCCAUCCAAUCCCAUUCGCCGAUUCUGUCACUUUGUGGUGAAUUUACGAUACUUUGACCUCUUCAUCAUGAUUGUGAUUGCAUCGAGUAGUAUAUCUCUCGCAGCCGAAGAUCCGCUGAUUGACUUGGGCGUAGUCCUCCAUCCCCAUUCUUACUUCCGUGAUCCGUGGAACGUUCUUGACGCUGUUGUUGUUCUAGGAGCCCUUGUAGCCUUCUCCAAGAAAAACUUGGGGACCAUCAAAUCCCUACGGGUUCUACGUGUGCUGCGUCCACUGAAAACAAUUCGACGAGUCCCGAAGUUGAAGGCGGUCUUUGACUGUGUUGUCAGCUCACUAAAGAACGUCUUCAACAUCCUCAUCGUCUACAUCCUUUUUCAACUCAUUUUUGGUGUGGUAGCAGUUCAACUGUUUCAAGGGAAAUUCUUUGCAUGCAAUGAUUUAUCUAAGGAGACACGCGAGGAGUGCCAUUUAGUGACCUUGUUUAACCUUUAUCCCAGGGGUUACUUUAUCUCUUACGAGCAUUCUGACAUACCAGAGGUUAAGCCGAGGAUAUGGUCCGCUCGAGCUUUCAACUACGACAACCUUAUCUACGCCAUGCUCACACUCUUCACUGUCACAACUGGAGAGGGCUGGCCUGAUGUCAUGAAGAAUUCAAUUGACGCGACUGAUGUCAAUCGCGGGCCCAAAACAGACUAUCGGCAACAAGUUGCCAUUUUCUAUGUCAUCUUUUUUGUUGUUUUUCCAUUCUUCUUUGUCAACAUCUUCGUCGCCCUAAUUAUCAUUACCUUCAAGGAACAGGGAGAAAAUGAACUUGUCGACCAUGAACUGGACAAGAAUCAGAAGCAAUGCAUUGAUUUUGCUAUUAACGCUCGACCGCUAUGUCGCUAUAUGCCGGGGGAUCCAAAGUCAUUCAAAUAUCGCAUAUGGCAAUUGGUUGUAUCAGGACCCUUUGAGUACUUUAUAAUGACCAUGAUAGCCCUCAACACACUCAUUCUCAUGAUGAAGUUUCAUCGGCCGGAAAAGUCACUUCGUUCCGCCUUAGAACCCGAUGACAAUACAAAAGCCUACGAAAGUUAUUGUGCCUCUUUAAUGUAUCUCAAUACUGCCUUUACUGGAAUGUUCACCAUUGAGUGCCUUCUGAAAAUCUUGGCUUUUGGUCCACGCAAUUAUUUUAGGGACCGGUGGAACAUCUUCGACUUCAUCACAGUCAUCGGCAGUAUCACAGAUGUCUUAGUAACAAGUUUACAGGACACAUCUUUUCUGAAUUUGGGCUUCCUUCGACUCUUCAGAGCAGCACGACUAGUAAAGAUGCUUCGACAAGGCUACACCAUACGAAUCCUCCUGUGGACAUUCAUUCAAUCCUUCAAGGCUCUUCCAUACGUCUGUCUCCUCAUUGCUAUGCUCUUCUUCAUCUAUGCCAUCGUUUUUGGAACAAUCGCUGUGGAUGAUCCAUCAAGUCAAAUAACAAUACAAACAAACUUUCGAACGUUUGGUAACGCUCUCUUGUUGUUAUUUAGAUGUUCGACAGGCGAGUCGUGGCAAGAAUUGAUGCUGUCCUGUGACUACCCUCAACGGUGUGCGAACAAGCCUGAAAAUACCUGCGGCAGUGCGGGCACCUACGUCUACUUCGUUUCCUUCAUCUUCCUCUGCACUUUCCUUAUGUUAAACCUUUUUGUGGCGGUGAUAAUGGACAACUUUGACUACCUCACUCGUGACUCUUCCAUUCUUGGCUCACACCACCUAGAGGAGUUUAUCCGCGUGUGGGCUGAGUACGACCCAGCUGCUACGGGUCGCAUCCAUCAUACCGAUAUGUACGAGAUGCUACGCAAACUUGAACCUCCGGUUGGAUUUGGCAAGAAGUGCCCAUAUCGGUUGGCCUAUCGAAAGCUAAUUCGGAUGAACCUGCCUCUGGAUGAUCAUGGAUGCGUCCAUUUUAAUACAACACUGUUUGCGUUGAUUCGUGAGUCACUGAGCAUAAAAAUGGGUCCAGCCUCAGUGAUGGACAUCAAAGAUGCUGAACUGAGGGACACGGUCCGUGAAAUGUGGCCACUGCAGGCUAAAAGGAUGCUCAACCUUCUGGUCCCCAGUGAUGACGAACUUACCUGUGGAAAGAUGACAACGGGAAAGAUCUACGCUGGUCUCCUUAUUUACGAGAAUUGGAUAGCUAAUGGGAGAUCAGACCAACGUCAGGUUCCUGUGAGGAUUCUGCCAGAUAGCGUGUAUCAAAAAGCAAGACUUGACGAAAUCAAAUCGCAACGGAAAGUCUCUUACAUCAAUUCAACUCACCGGGAUCCACAAAUUGAUCCACCCAUUAAUUCCACUCAAGAACGUGAGAAGCGACAUUUAACUGUGAACGAAGCGGAAAUGGCCAUGCAGCACGGGGAAAAGGUGGACACUGGCGAAACUUCCGCAGACCUACAUCUGGUCACAAGUUCUAAUCACUCACCGCCGACAUGCGAACUACGACCACCGGCACCCCGAGGUCUCAUGCCACCCAUAGGAGGAACUGAGUGCUCAACAGCAGGAUCCUCGCGGCCCCCAAGUCCUUUCUUGGACUUUGCAUCUGCUGUCACCUCAUUGAUGCAGCAAAUGAACCUCAUGGUAGAGAGAGAACGAAGUCAAAAGUUUCUUGGCAAGUUUGAAAAUCUCGGAGAACAGUUAAACGACGACUACUAUUACUACUACAUUUCGAUUCCACAAAUUAUCCUUAAAUGUUUUAUCGAAAACCAAGAACAAAGGACGGCGACACAUCCCAAAAUCAAGCUAUGGAUGCUCCAGAACUGA